UGGCCUGGUUCAGUUCUAGUACGAUUGGCACCGCGAACAGUUCGCGCGCUCAAUGUUUACAUCGCGGCUCUUCGGGAUUGCUUCUUGCGUUAUCUGGUCCGGUGGCGACUUCUUCGCGCGCCGACAGCCCGGCUGAGAACUGAUUGAUUUUAAUUGGCGCUUAAUUGGGGAACCGACUUGGCGAAAUCAAUCAGACACCGCCGGACGAGCUGGAACAGGAAAAAAGUUGUUCAAUUCUGUCACCAAAAGUGUGUGUUUCCCUCGAGGUGAAGAGGUCCGUCGGGCGCAUGCUCCGCACAUCCUGAAAUAGCUUCAUUCAUUCACAAACGAGCCGCUGAGGCAAUAGCAGUCGUGAAUUUCGCGUGUGUUUUGAGUCGUGAAUUGUCCGUGCAUGCGGUCGUGCAGUUCCGUGGGAGUUUGCAAAAAUGCCGAAAUCGGAAGAUGACAUUGAUCUUGACGGAGUACUGUCCGAGAUUGGCCAGUUUGGCCGGUUCCAGAUUCGGCAGUAUGGGCUGAUGGUGAUUCCCAUCAUUCUGAACGCGUUCUUCACGCUGAGUUACGUGUUCACGGCGGGCAGUCUGAGCUACCGGUGUCAUGUACCGGGCUGCGACGAUGUCCAAACAACAUGGCAUCCAGCGUGGCUCAACGAAACAGUCCCGAUGCGGAAUGGAGUCCCAGCGCAGUGCGAAAUGUUUGCACCGAUCAGCAAUUCUAGCUUAGAUAACGAUUCGUGCGAUGUCAGCAAAUUCGACACCAGUGCCGUAAUUCAAUGCGACAAGUUCGUGUACGAAGAAGAUGAGGUAACGAUCGUGAACGAUUUCAACAUUACUUGCCCGUACAACGAUUGGAAGCUGACAAUGGUUGGAACGAUCAACAACAUCGGCCAAUUCGUGGCACUCCCGAUCGCUGGAUAUCUCUCCGACCGCUUCGGUAGAAGACUUGUUCUGCUGAUCAGCGUUGCCGGCAGUGCCGUAUUCGGCAUCCUUCGAGCGUACUCCACCAGUUACCAGAUGUUUUUAGUGCUGGAAUUCCUCGAUCCCGCGAUCGGAUCCACCAUGUACACGACGGCCUUCAUUCUAGCACUGGAACUCGUCGGCCCACGAAUGCGAGUAUCCGGCAACAACAUAAUCUCCUGUGCGUUCUCCUUCGCCGAAGCCGGCCUAGGUCUUCUCGCCAUGCUGUUCCGCAACUGGCGAACGCUCCUCAAAGCUCUCUACAUCCCCGGCCUCGUAUCGCUGCCCCUUCUCUGGAUGACCUCCGAAAGCGUUCGAUGGCUGAUAUCCAAGGGUCAGCGGGAGAAAGCUUUCAGUAUCCUGAAAAAAGCAGCCAACACUAACAAGAAGAUACUUUCGCCCUCAGCGAUCGAACGACUCUGUCCCAGUGACAGCGAAUCCAAGUCGGAAGAACUGGAGGAUAAUUCGUUCUUCAGCUUGCUCAAGGAUGCCUUCCAGAACCCCGGACUCAUACUGCGCAUCGUCAAUUGUAGCUUUUGUUGGUUUACCAACGUGCUAGUUUAUUACGGAUUGAGCUUAAACUCCGUCACCCUGGCGGGUGACAAGUACCUGAACUUUAUUCUGGUUUCGCUGGUUGAGCUGCCUGGAUUUUUGAUCAUGCAGCUGAUCUUGGAUAGGGUUGGACGGCGGAUAACUCUUUGUACCACCAUGGUCCUGUGCGGCCUGUUUUGUUUUAUGUCUGAAUUUAUUCCCACCGGAAACCACUGGCUAAGUCUCAUUAUGUUCCUCGUCAGCAAAAUGGCCAUCACCAUGUCGUUCGGCAUCCUCUACAUCUACACCGUGGAAAUCUUCCCAACGAACCUCCGUCAGAGCCUGCUCUCUGUGUGCUCCAUGUUUGGUCGCAUUGGAUCGAUGAUCGCUCCCCAGACUCCCCUGCUAGCCAAAAUUUGGUCCCCACUGCCGAUGGUUAUCUACGGCACCAUCGGAAUCACCUCCGGACUGGCGAUCCUCCAAUUCCCAGAAACGCUCAACACCCAGCUGCCGAACACGGUGGAAGAGGCCAUGAGCAUGAACACCGACGAGAAGAAUAAAGAUCGUGAGAGAUUUGCGUAACUAA